AUGGAGGUUGAAUGGACGUCCAUUCUAGAUGUGUUUGUUGGAUAUCCCGGAUCAGUGCAUGAUGCAAGGGUGUUGCGGGAAUCUCGUUUGUAUGAAUGUCUUCAGAAAAUAUGUCCAAGUCGAUCUUAUAUACUUGGAGAUAGUGCAUAUCCUUGUUUAGAAUGCCUAAUUGUUCCAUAUAGAGAUAACGGACAUCUGACACGAGUUCAGAGGCAUUUUAAUAGUAAAUUAAGUUCGUGUCGUGUAGUGAUUGAAAACGCAUUUGGUUGCUUAAAACAAAGAUUCAGACAAUUAUAUCACUUCAAACUUCGAAAUAUUGUACGUAUGGUACAAAUAAUACAUGCUUGUUGCGUUUUACACAAUUUGAUAAGCAUUAACGAUUUAGAAUUGUUGGAACCUCCACGUGACGAUGAAUAUCCCGAUUCAGAAGCAAAUAUGAGAAAUAUAAAUAAUGAUGAAAUUAUUCCUGGAAAUGAACGUGGCCGCAUUUUGCAAGAUGUGUCGCCAGUUAAUUGCACAAUAACUGUUUAA